CUCAUCUUAUCAUCAAUCUAUUUCUACCCCAAUUACUUGUCUAUAUCUCUAAGAAAUGGGUUCCACGUUCAGAGUCUUCUUUUUUGCAUUGCUGUUGCUUUCGAGCUUGCUUUUCAUGGCUAAGGCAAGGCCGUUGGACCUCCCUAAGACAACAACAAGCGACCUGUUGGCUCGAUUGAAACUGGAUGAGGAAUCACCCGACUGCUGGAGCUCAUUGAUUCAGCUUCAAUCAUGCACUGGAGAGCUUAUUAUGUUCUUCCUGAAUGGUGAGACCGAAAUAGGGAAAAGCUGUUGCCUAGCGAUUCGUACUAUAAGCCACCAAUGCUGGCCGACCAUGAUCGAUGCAUUAGGCUUUACAGCUGAAGAGUCCCACGUUAUUGAAGGUUACUGCGACCAUGAAGAUGAUCGAUCACCGCCAUCCAUCGCCCUUACUGAUGAAAUUGGUUCCUCGAACUUAUUUAAUCCCUAAGCAGAUCAUCUGUUAUCUAAUAAUGAAAUAACAUGCUUAAUGGAAAAAGUAUUUACUUUGAAUAUGAAGAUUAUUAA